UGAAUAUGUGAUUUACAUAUUAUUUAUCUCUUCAUUUGUUAAUCGUGAUUGCGUUGAUGAUAGAUUCGGCGUGCAUUUGGAUACAUUUGGUACAUUUAUACACAUAUUAUCGGUACACAAAAAUCAGGGAAACGGAAGAUUUGAUAUAUGCUGACUGUAAUCAUUCACGGCCUAUCCAAUGCGGUCCGACGACGUCGAUAUCGAGGAAUUAGAGCGGAUUCCGCAACACAUCCCAGGUCCUCCGCAGUUACCGCCGUUAAUCAAAGGACAGAAACUGAAGAGUGGACCGUAUACCAUCACGGUGACUGAUGAAAUGGUGGCACUGAGAGAAAGGGAGAACCUGGAGCUGUACAAAGCAUGGGUACGAGAGCAGCGUCGGAGACAAAUGUUACCGGAGGAGGAUGCUGAUGAGUAUAUUGGCGAUUUCAAAGAAGCCGUGAUUAGACGGAGUUUUAUUCGCAAGGUCUUUUGCCUCCUUACAUUACAAUUGACAUUCACCAUCCUCGUCAUAUCUAUCUUCAUGUUUGUAUAUGAAGCACAGUUGUUUAUGAUAUUGCAUUGGUAUCUGUGGAUCGUCGCCAUGGUCUUCUUCAUCGUUGCUUAUUGUGCCGUGGCUUGUUCUGUACACGCCAGAAGAACACCUCCGUUCAAUUACAUAUGCCUGUUUUUGCUGACGCUAGGAAUGUCGUACUUGGCUGCCUUCGUCUCUGUGUUUUACGACAUCGAAGUAAUCCUUAUCGUUAUGGGCAUGACUGCAGCUGUCACGACGAUAAUAGCUCUUAUAGCAACGUUCUCCAAGUUUGAUCUGACAAUGAGACCAGGCUUAUUAAUGGUGAUCGGGCUAGUUUCGAUCGUGGCUAUUUUUACGGUGCUAAUAAUCCUGCUGUUCACUCAUAUAAUGGUUUUACGUCUAGUAAUCGCUAUCAUCGGAACGCUGCUACUCUGCUUGUAUUUAUACUUUGACAUCCAAACGAUCAUGGGUGGACGCAGAAUAGAAUUGGGUCCCGAUGAAGUCGUCUUCGCAGCUACACAGAUUUACGUUGAUAUUGUACUGCUAUACCAAUACUUAUUAAUGUUUGUAGGAUUCUUUCAUCGAUAACAGAUAUAUCAUAUAUAUGCC